UCAGAGUCUGGUUGUUGUGGCAUUGAGUGUGAGGGAGGGACCUGUUCUGUUUGCUGUAAGAGGGAAUUACUGCGGGAAAGGAAAUCAAGUUUGUUGUAAUUUGACUAAGUACACAGGAACGUAAUCCGUUUCUUUAAUUUUUGAUGUAGAUGUUUUAAAUGAAGACUGUCACAUUUUCUUCCUUUUUUCCCCAGACCACACACUUCCCGCACUGUAGAUCUGGCCCCUCUCCUCUGCCAGGGCUUCCAAGGCACAGUUUCUUUCUCUCACUCUUUGCUGCCAGGCAGGAAAUGUUCUUAGCUAUCGGAUAAGUCUCCCGUUUGAAGUUGGGGGGUAGGGGAAGAAAAGGAAAAGGAAAAGAAACAAAGCAAGAAAAACUUUACUAGAGCAGUGAGCCUGAGCCCCGAAGGGAUCACGGCCGGUUUCUAGUUUCCUAGAAAAAGGGAUCCCAGCCCCACCUCUCCUUCCUCACCGCACCCCCCUCGAACUCCCCCCUCAUUUCUUCUGGGCGUGUUUUUCAAUCUAUGCUAAUAGGAUUGCCUGGCGGGCGGGGCAGGCUUCCCCUGACAGCCUGGUGAGAGCCCUCAGGAGCAGGACGGGCCCUGCUUCCUCGCCGGUGACAGGGUCCUGGUGCCUGGUGCGCUGGUCCAUGCUGGUUCCCGCCUUUGUUCUCGGGCCGAAGCCGAGACAUGCGCGGCUGACGAUGGAAGUGGAGGACGCGGGCGGCGUGGUGCUGACCGCCUACCAUUCGUACGCUCGCUCCCAGCCGCCCAGCUCCGAACCGCGCUGCACGCCCCGGGGCGCCACCAGUCACCCGGGCAGCAGAAAAUCCAUUCCUCACUGCCGAAGAAUUAACAGGAUGCUCUCCAGUGAAUCCUUACAUUCUCCUGCAUGCAGCCGCUCCAACUCACAAGCCUCUAUAGACAGCGCCUCCAUGGAGGAUUUCUGGCGGGAAAUAGAAAGUAUUAAAGAGAACAGCAUGGGGGGACAGGAAGAGCAGACGCCAGCCGAGGUCAAGCCCGUUGAUGUUACAAUAUGGAAAAUGGAUUGGAAGAGGAAUGAAGAAUGGGAAGAACUAUUGAGAGGCUAUUGCAGCAAUUCAGAAGGAGAACUUGAAGCAGAAUGGUUGCAAGACGUUGGUUUAUCAGCCCUGAUCUCAGGUGAUGAAGAGGAGGAUGGCAAAGCCUUGCUCUCCACAUUGACUCGAACCCAAGCAGCUGCAGUGAAAAAGAGAUAUAAUACUUAUACUCAAACCAUGAGAAAAAAGAACAAGCAAUCUGUCAGGGAUGUCAGAGAAAUAUUUGGAGUCAGCGAAUCUUCUCAAGGUGAUACCUGUGACAGCCAUACUACUCAAUUGGAUAACACCCAGGAGGAAAAAGAUCUACAAGGGAUUUUGAAAACAAGUGGUUCCUCGCCAGAUGAUGCUUCUCUCAACAGUACUACCCUGUCACAUGGGUCCCAGGAUGAAGAAAGGAGUUUUGCAGUUCCCAGGAUUGGCUCCAUGUCUAUCCUUGAGACUAUCCAAGAUAUAACAGUUCAUUCCAAUGGAUCAGCAGACCCUGGACGGUCAGUUCAGAAUUCAGUAACUGAUGAUGAUUAUCUGGAAAAGAACAUUCCACCAGAAGCUGAAGAGCUGUCCUUUGAAGUAUCUUAUUCAGAAAUGGUUACAGAGGUGCCAAAGAGAAAUAAAUUUAAGAAGUCAGAUUUUAAAAAAGAAGACUAUGUUUUAACUAAAUUUAUUGUUCAAAAAACCAGACUUGGCCUAACUGAAGCAGGAGAUCUGUCUGCUGAAGACAUGAAGAAAAUCCGCCAUCUCUCUCUGAUUGAAUUGACAGCCUUUUUUGAUGCCUUUGGAAUUCAACUGAAAAGAAACAAAACAGAGAAAGUAAAAGGACGAGACAAUGGAAUUUUUGGAGUUCCACUUACAGUCCUACUGGACAAUGACCGAAAGAAAGACCCUGAAGUGAAAGUUCCCCUUGUGUUACAAAAAUUUUUUGAGAAAGUUGAGGAAUCAGGUCUGGAAUCUGAAGGAAUUUUUCGACUUUCAGGAUGUACUGCCAAAGUCAAGCAAUACCGUGAAGAACUGGAUGCCAAGUUUAAUGCUGAUAAAUUUAAAUGGGACAAAAUGUGCCAUAGAGAAGCUGCAGUGAUGUUGAAAGCAUUUUUCAGAGAACUACCCACUUCUCUCUUCCCUGUGGAAUAUAUACCUGCCUUCAUUACUCUAAUGGAAAGAGGGCCUCACAUCAAAGUACAGUUUCAAGCUUUACACCUCAUGGUCAUGGCACUGCCUGAUGCCAACAGGGACUCAGCCCAGGCCCUCAUGACAUUCUUCAAUAAAGUGAUUGCCAACGAAUCAAAAAACCGAAUGAGUAUAUGGAAUAUUUCUACUGUAAUGGCACCAAACCUUUUUUUCAGUAGAAGCAAACAUUCUGAUCCUGAAGAAUUACUGUUAGCAAGCACUGCAGCUCAUAUCAUCCGCCUAAUGCUUAAGUACCAAAAAAUUUUAUGGAAGAUUCCAUCUUUCUUAAUCACUCAAGUCAGAAGAAUGAAUGAAGCUACGAUGUUGUUAAAGAAGCAGCUCCCAAGCGUCAAAAAGUUGCUAAGGAGGAAGACCAUAGAACGAGAGGUUACAAGCCCCAAGACAGCAAAGGUACUACAAAAAUCACCCUCUUCAAGAAGAAUGUCUGAUGUGCCGGAGGGAGUCAUAAGGGUCCAUGCUCCACUUCUCUCGAAGGUGUCCAUGGCCAUUCAACUCAAUAGUCAAACCAAAGCCAAAGACAUACUUGCAAAAUUUCAAUAUGAGAACAGUCAUGGUUCAUCGGAAUGCAUUAAAAUUCAGAACCAAAGGUUAUAUGAAAUUGGAGGAAAUAUAGGACAGCAUUGCUUGGAUCCAGAUGCUUAUAUAUUGGAUGUAUAUCAUGUAAAUCCUCAAGCAGAAUGGGUGAUUAAACCCCAAUCAAGCUUUUGAAAUAUCCUCCAAGACGGCAGCUAUUUCAUAUUAUAUGCCAAGAAAAUUCUACAUUAAGUAGGGAGGGAAAAAAAGACUGCUUUUGACAUUUUUGUUCCUAUAACCCUCUUGGCAUUUCUUGGCCUAAGUGGUAUCUCUCAGCAUUGUCAACAUGAACACUAAAAGAGGAGCUGAUUAACUGUUUGAGCUGAAGCUUUCUCAUGGUGGUUCCUUGACAAGAGUGAAGAAAGAAAGAGGUUGUGAUCUUUCCUGAAGAAAGGCCAAUCUAGAAUAGGAACUCUAAUCAUUUCUAGUAUUGAGACUCACAGCAGAAAUAAACUUGGUUCUAUACCUGGGGAUAAGAAACACUUCUUUAUGUAGCAAAUACUACCAAACAAGGUGUGGAAAAAGACUUUUAUACUUAUGUUAUACACAUAUAUUGACCUUUUCUAGCAAGAAUGCCAGAAAUAUCAGUAAUUUCUGCUCUGCAAAAUGAUUCACACCUACUUUCCAAAAGGAAUCAGUUUCUAAAGCUACACAUACAGUAUUUAUGCUCUGACUUGCUCCUGAACUGGAGGAGGAGGAACUUCUGUUUAAAGAACACUGUAUCAGUAUGUAUGUUAUACUGCAUCGUGACUAUCGGCAUUCUGGUGCAAAUGAACGUUUCCUUUUUCUGGACUAUUGAAAAUUGAUAUUUUCAAAGCUUCUUUCUUUAUGAGCCCAGGUCUCCUUAGUGAAGCUUAAUUUGACAAAGGGUGUUCUUAGGCUUUCAUAACCUGUAGUCAGAAGUCACAGAACCUCUAUUUUUCUCAUGAUUAUGGUACUCAAUGAAUAGCUUUCCAUGUGCCAGGCACUGAUUUCCUUUCCCGAUCAAACAUAGCAUUUUUUAUAUUUUACAACUGUAGAUAGUCACUUCUGCAGCCCCAAUUGAAAAAGUACAGAACUGCCUUUAUCCAACUGCUCUUCAUCCAAGAGUACUGAAAAAUACUGUUACAUUCAGAUUUUAUAUGCUGUAAAAGCAGAUUUCAUUCUGUUAAUCAAUCAUAGACGUAGGUAAGCACUUGGAUUACCAUUGGGCUUUAAAAUCAGAUGCUUAUUUGGUAAACAGAAAACUGUCUUGCUGUCAAGAUCCUGUGGAACCAUUUUCCAGAACUGCAAUUGGUGAGAACACAGUCACCCACAAUUCUAAUUGAGACAAAUCUAAAAUGUGCUCAGAGGUCAGACGGCUCUGCCUUUCAUCUUGAGUGCAGAUACAGACCUUUUAGGGUUAGCUAGAAAUGAGACAGAGGUCUCAUUUAUCCCACACAUGUGCUUUGAGUUAGAAUCCACAGAUUUAGAUUUCGAUGAAUUUAUAUCAGUUUUAAUGAGAUUUAAUACUCAAAUGACUGUCGCAGUUCAAACAAUAGACAAAGUUGCUUACAAAUUCAGAAAACAUUUUAUCUCCUACAAAGUCUCAACAUAAUGAGAUCAUUUAAUAAGCCCAUAUGUAGAAGAAAAUUUUCAUAUGCUGCAUUGACUUUUUGUCUAUAAAAACAUUACUUAUAUUCAACAUGUAGAUAAUUCUAUUUCUGGCUAUUAGGAUUUUUUAAUAUUUUUAGAGAAAACUCAGAAUAUCCAUGCAUUUUAUUUAUUUGAGGAUUUUUAUUUUCUUUUUCUGAAAACGCAUCAGAAAAUAAACAUUUUCUGUAGGUUUAUACUUAUAUUUCAUCGAUUUUCAAUAUUUGGCUAAUUGAUGGCAUGUGAGUUUACAUAAUUUCAAGAGUCUAAAAAAAUGCUGUUAUUGUUUUUGCAAUUCAAACAACAGGAGCAAACAUUUCACUUUAUGUAGUUGCUAAGUUACAAGACAUAAGAUGGCAAUAAUCUAUGCUUACACACGUGGAAGAAAUUCUUCAAAUUAGCUACCUUACACUUCUAUGUACAUUUGAAAACUAUGAUUGAUUUAUCUCAUUGUAUUUCCUGUCAUUUAAAAUAAAUUCUGUGUGUUUAUAUAGAAAAUUCACAGACCUAUUCAUUUAAUUUUUCUUUUGGGAAUUUUCACUACUUUUGACUGAAAACCCAUUAGAACCUAUAUAUAAGUUCUAAAGGUUUCGAGAUUUAUUUCACUCAUCAUCAGUUUUAAAUAAAUGACUAAAAGAUGACAGGUAAAAACAAUAAGUUUCUGAAUUUCUUAUCUACUUUUGUGUGUUUUCAGAUGUCAAAACUUAGCUGAGUCAGUAACUUUAAUCACUUUAAUGUAUUCAAGGAUAUGUGACAACUUUCAAAUAACUGUAUAAUAUGGAAGGCCUUCUCAGUACCAAUAUCAUUAUUCAAUGAUAACUUUUAUUCUUAGUCAUAAGGUAAACUAACUGAUUGGGUAAAGAGGAGUAGAGGUUCUUUUUACUAAUUUUAUGCUAAAAGAAUAAACAAACCCCUACAAUUAAAUUUCAAAAAUGCCUGUCACCUAAAUAUUAAAAAAAAAAAAACUAUCUUUGCCUUAUCAAAUUAUUUUAAAUUAGUUACAAUAAUCUGUAAAAAUGAAUAGUAUAUUUGCAAACAAAAACAGAGUCAGAUACUGGGCUUCUAAAUUCUAUUCUUAAUAGCUUCCCACCCAUUUCAUCCCAAGAGUUCUUGAUGUACAGUUAGAGAAAUAAUGUCCAGGAAGGUAUUAGGAAAAUUAACAUUUUAGAAACAUGUAUUCAUUUAAAAAAAAAAAAAACACCCUACAACUGACGCAUUUUUUCCAUCAUUCUGCAAAAGAGGAUCCUUUUGUUAAGCAGCUCACUUGGGAAUAUAGUCUUCUAGUGAAUGAUCUUCGAACAAACUGGAGUAUUAAUUUCUUUACAAUGUAUACACAGUAUAAACUACCUCACUUGCCUUUCUUGGAAAAAAAUUAAUGGACUUUAACAAUUUUUGUUACAAACCAUCCCUGAGUCUUAUUGUCACUUCAGUUAGCUUUCAAUGUACAUUUAAUAAUAUACAUUUAAUGAUGUAAAAUAUUUUUAGCAAAUGCUUUAAAGCCAAAGAUACUCUGUGUGAUCUGUGGUAUACGCUGAUAAAAUUUGUGUCCUUUAGUCAUUGUUUUGUGUAUUUAACCAUGUUGAGAUACAGGUUUUCAAGGGUAAGAAUUAAUAUUCAUCUCUUGCAGGCAUUUUUCAACCGCUUUUUCCCUAUUGCACUUGACUGAAAAGUAAGAUGAGAUAAAUAUGUCUCUGUUUUGUGUCAAGCAUAUUUCAUCUGUUUUCCACAAUUAUAUUAUUACAUGCCUGAAAAAAAUAUAUAUUAUGGGAUUGAAUAGUUCUUAGUUUCUGAUAGGCAUAUUCAACAGUUUUACACACACAUACAGACACACACACCUUAGUUUAAAAAUAAUUUCCUUCAGGCAUUUUUCAGUUAUUUUCUAAAACUGUGAUUCUGUUGUAAAAUCAUAUAAUGUCACAAGGAAUGCCAAUGUUUUAUGUUGUCUCCCAUCUCAAAAGUUAUGGUUCUUUUGUCCCAUCAGUUUUCAUUGUUAAAUAUAUGUAUGUUGCAUUUUAUCCAUUAAAAUAAAAGUAAAAAAAUUAAAAGCA